GCUGCAACCACCCAGGGUCCAACUACGGCGGCAACACUUCCUGCACGAUGGCUGGCCAGAGAUCAUCUUACAGCAAGAAACCAGCGACACUAGGUGCAUACACAUAGCCCCCCCGGGCUUGUGUGUGCGCGCCCCGAACCUGACAGAUGUCACCUUACGGAGCCCGUCUCGUAUCGUCCUGCCCAAAAAAAGAGGACAGCCGUCCAUUCCCGCCUCACAACUGGGCUUUGUCACAAUUACCUAACUGCCAACCCUAUCCAUGUCGCGAGUCGAGGACCCACACAGACGCCGACAUGAUAUAAAAUGACUACCUAUACCUCGGAGACGAUGAAACUCAUUGACUCUAUUCAACCAGAGUCUUUUCAGUCAGAAGCAGACCGCUAUGAGGCCAAGGAAGCUGUCCGGAAGCUUCUCGGCCACCUCGAGACGCCCUUUGAGCGGGGUUGGGCUCUCACCAUGGAGAUCUCAGUGCUUGCGCCCGGCCUGAUAGUCUUCCACGACCUUGGCAUCUGGUCCGAGUGGGAAAGUCUGAGCAAGAGCCAGGGCCCAAUCCCGCAAUCCCUUGACCAGAUUGUCAAGAUGUGCAGUGCCCCUGCUGAGCCUAAUCUGCUCCGGCGUUUCCUGAGGCACUUCGCCGCGCUCCACGUGCUUGAAGAAACUGCACUCGAUGAGUGGAAGCCAACUCCGUUCAGCCUUGCCAUGGGUGACGAGUCGACGUACACUAACCAACUGGUCCGAUGCGGCUUCACCCACUGCAUUCCCUGCGGCGUCAACCUUCCUUCCUUCCUGGCCAAGAACAAGUAUAGAGAGCCGCUGGACACCAAGAAGUACGACAACAACGCCGACACGUUCGGAUCUGUCUUCUUCGACUAUCUCCAGGAGAACCCCACCGCAGGCCACAACUUCACCGGCACCAUGACCGCUGUCGGGUACCACAAGAUGGACUGGACAGAGGUCUACAACACAGCGCGUAUCGUCGAAGGCGCCGACCUCGCCGGACCAGCGCCUCUCUUCGUCGACAUCGGUGGGAACCGCGGGCUCGACGCGGCCCGCCUGCUCUCCAAGCACCCCGACCUCCCCGAGGACGUAGGGCUCGUCGUGCAGGAAGAUCUUCGAGAACGUAAGGGGUGCCAUGAGGAAGGGCUACUCGAGGCUUCUCAUCUACGAGAUCGUCCUGCCUGCCAGGGGCGCCACGAGCUUCGCGACCACCAUGGACCUGCUGAUGAUGAACGUGUUGUCUGGUCUCGAGAGGACCGAGGAGCACUGGAAGAGGCUACUCGAGGACUGCGGCCUCAGGGUCGUGGGUAUUUCGAAACACCCGGGGGCGAUUGAGAGUGUCAUCGAGGCUGAACUGCCGUGAGUUUGCGGUACAGCCCCAUCUAAAAGCGACAGCGUCUCGUGUCCUGGAAGUUAUUCCUGUUCUUACGCUCGUAGUAUCAACUAAUGCGACAUGGCCAAAUGCCUGUAGGCACUCGUGCGAACCAUGAUCAACUUGGA